AUGAAUUACCCUUUUAAUCCGUCCCCCUCCUAUUCAUUCAGUGUUGCUAAGAAAAUUCAAUCCCACUUUUUGUUGCCUUAAAUUAGCAUGGGACCAGGCCAAUAUCACCUAAAGACUGAGAAAAAGGGAGGGACCUUGAAUUUUGGAUCAUACAGCUAGCGCAAAAUGAUAUUGGCUUAGGAUGCCUUAACGCCAGGACCACUUCAUUAUACAAUUAACACUUAUAGAAGUUAAGGUGUUUCAUUUGCGAAUUCAAUUAAGCCUAUAAAUAAGCCAUCUCUAAGUCCUGGGCCAGGGCAAUAUCUACCAAUGGACGAACCUCAUAGUAGACUUGGAGGAUCUAUUUCAAGGACUUCCAGAAAGGAAACCUUUGAUAAUUAAAUCCCAGGAGCUGGUCAAUAUCCUAUUAAAUCAACUUUGAAUACUCUAGGCUUUAAAUUUAAAUAAUUACAUAAAAGAGCCAGAACGGAUCAAAUGAGUCCUGGUCCUGGGUCUUAUUCAAUUUCACAGGAUUCUUUGAAUCACGGCGUCAAAAUGCAUAAUUCAACAAGAACUUGGUCUUAUAUUUUAAAAACCGAGACUCCAGGUCCUGGAACCUACUAAAAAGAAAGUUUCAUUUAAAAUAGGUCCUCCUCUAAACAUUCAAAAGUUUCAUCAAAGGAGCAAUCGAAAAUCUUGAAAAAAUGCUUUUCUUAACAUGAACCAAAGUAAUCUAAUAGGAUAGGAAAAAUCAGUUCUUCCAAAGGCAAUAUUGAUUCUCAUGGAAAUUUGACUACAAGAUCGAAAUUCAAGUCUAAUCACUUAAGCCAAUAAUAAAAUAUCAGUGAUUCAUAUAACAGAAUGAGGGAAUAUGGUAAAUUAAAAGUAACUUUUACAAAAUAAGUAAGAAAAGAGGAGUUCCUAGAUGAAUUUUCAACUCCAAUUGCUAGAAAAGUCAGCAGAUCUCCAGGUCCGGCUAUGUAUGCUGAUACUAAGUUCAAACCGAAUUCAAAAUUGGGGUUUAUGCCAACCUCAAGAAAAGGAGAGACAUUCAAACCAAAAGAAGGACCUGGAGUAGGAGAAUAUUCUAAAAUAAUUCCUUUUGGUAAGAUAUACAGUAAGCAUAUAACUCCGAAGAGAUAAUUUUUUAAAUUCAAAGAUCUAAAUUAAUAUGAUUUUGACUAAUGA